AUGUCUCCCGCACUCACCUCAUAUCCAUCCUUCUCGCUGCCAUUUCCUCCCACCUCGGACUUGAACCAUCCUCGAUAUACAUACCAACCAUACUCGCCGCUCUCGUUUCUCAGCAAGCUCACGUUGAACCCAAUCUCAUCGGGGCUGCCAAAUUGGUCUGCCCCCUUGAGAGACGGAUUGCCCACGCCUCCCGCCGACAUGAACGGCGUGGCUUUGAACUCGCAGGUUGCUCCGUCGUCGACGUAUGCGUAUCAUCAUCACCAUCAUAACGGUCAAUAUGCGGCCAAAUCCUCGUCGAAUCGUGUUCCGCUAGCGAAUACCGUCUCGAAUGCGGCUCCGAAUUACCUACCUCCGUUGACCAAGCAGGUUGCGCAGGUGGAGGAGAGCGUUGAUACAAAAAGCAACAAGAGAAGUGAGAAGGAACCGUUACCGUCGUACUCGCAGAUUCCUACGUCUAUCAGAAAGAGUGGGGGGAAUCUACCCGAGUUCGCAGCUCAGAUUGCAUGCCUGUUCUGGUUUGAAAAGACAUCGAAACUCAAAAUGAUCGAGGAUUCUACACCACAGAAAUACACCCUUGUUCCGGAAGCGUUUCCUACAGUUGGAUUUCAGAAAUGGGUAUCGACUGUAUUGUCUACGACCCAAGUCAGUCAGAACGUUAUACUGCUGGCCUUGUUGUUCAUCUAUCGCCUGAAAAAGUUCAAUCCCGGAGUUCGUGGAAAGAAGGGGAGCGAGUUUCGAUUGAUGACGAUUGCGUUGAUGAUGGGUAACAAAUUCCUCGACGACAACACCUACACGAACAAAACAUGGGCCGAAGUUUCCGGAAUCACCGUGCAAGAAAUCCACAUCAUGGAAGUCGAGUUCCUCAGCAACGUUCGGUACAACUUAUUCGUCUCCAAAGAAGAAUGGACGCAGUGGCAUUCGAAGCUAGGUCGUUUCGCCAACUUUUUCGAAAAAGCUUCACGCAUGCCUCCAGAGAACGAGUUUGCCCCGACAACGCCUAUUCAUCAAAUCUCACCUACAGCAGAUGGUUCCAGGCGAUACAAUCAUCCUGUUUCACCAGCGUCGAAACUACCGUCUCCGCCGUCGACAAACCAUCUCCAACCGCAAACUCAAUUACAAACUCAAAUCCCGUCACGGUCGACAUGGAAUCCAGCUAGCGCCACUGCUACAACUCCUUAUAGACUCAACACAUCGCCACGAGCACUACCCAACUUGGAGUUCCCGCCGUACUCACGCAAACGCAACUGGGAGGAUGAUGUGGAAGAGAAUCCAAGCAAACGAGUGGCGGUGUCUAGCUACUCGGCGCCGAUGCCUGCUGUACCGGUUUCUGCGACUUCAAUGCCGUCUGUUCCCGUCCUCCCACCGGUCCUUGGUACAAACAUGCCUCUCUCGGUGCCGUCAUUGGCGAUUCCUGUGCCUCGUUUGAGUCAACCUACCACAUAUCAACCGGUUUCGACGGCUCUCAUUCCUCCUACAUUGCCUGCCGCUUCAAUGCCACAGCAACUUCCGCUCCCUCACGUGCGCGCGAUGUCGACUGUCUUCAACAAUCCUUCGUCAACAUGGUCACAACAAAUUCCGUCUUCCACCGUUGCGCCAGUUGUCCCAGCAGUACAAGCCUCGAACCCGAUGGCGCUGUACAACUCGACCGUAUCUCUUCCAGAUCCCAGUCGACGACAGUCUCCGUAUUCCGCGACGGUGUCAUCGGACGCAGUCUCACCGUCAUCUGCGUUCCACGUGCACACGCCUCAAAACCACCUUUCACCUUCAUUCUUCCUCGUCAACCGCAACUCACCCUACCGCCCCGUGCGAGCCGUCAACACUCUCCUUAUUCCGCCGCCAUCUGCAUCUCUCCAUCAACCUCGUCACCUAUCGAUGGACCAAAUGCAUUACCAACCUCUCGGCAAGAGUUUUACCGAACGUCGGACCGGCGUCCUUCCAUACCUCCAUCACGACGGACUACCGCAGGGAGUCAUUCCUCAACAACCGAAUUUCCUUCCCAGCCAAUACUAG